AUGCCCUCCGCAACGCCUCCGAAGUCGGACAAAGUGAAGAAAAGGCCCAAAGUCAGAGACUGUGAUCGGACAGAGCCAACCUGUGGCAAAUGUUCCGCCAAGGGCAUCAAGUGCAGUGGACUAGGUCUACGAUACCGCUUCAACGAUGGCAUUGCUGCCCGUGGAAAGUUUGUUGGCAAAUCGUUGCCUAUUAUUGAUGGCGUAGAAGCCAAUUCUGCGGAAACGACGUCAGCGGCAGUCUCAAGUUGUAGGAGACAGAAUGAUCCUUUUCGUGCAAGUGGCUAUGAGACUGUCGAGCAAUACCCAGUUGAAGUCGAUGCUACAACUGAGGAAGAGCAUGAGAUACAAGAUUUGGUUGUCUCAAGUCACGUACCAAUAUCGGUAGACUGGGGCUUAGAUCACGUUGACCCAAAGUCCAGGUUCUGUCUUGGCUACUUCUCAAAUAACAUUGCCCAACUCAUCGCAGUCAUAAACAUGGGCUUCAACGGAUAUCGUGACCUCGUCUUACCGAGAGCAGAAACAGAUCCUUUGGUCCGAAAAGCAGUUCUUUUGGUAGUCGAACAGCAUCUCUCUUUACAAAACGGCACUGCAAUAUCACUGGACCCAGCAGCUUAUGGAUCUCUUGUACGCGAACUCAUCAUGCGUUCUCAUCAGUGUGCACCCCAAGAUGAUGAUUCUGCACUUACUGCGUUACUUUUGCUGCAUAUUCGGGAGAUGAUAAGUGGAAGCGACAACUUUAGACUGAUCUAUGGUUCGCUGCGAGUGGUGGUCAACGCACUUGCGAAGAAUGCGGGCGAAGGAACUUCUGACCUCAGGAGGUUUCUGCAAAUGCAGAUACUAAGGUAA